UAUGUGUGUUGGUUACGGAUUAUGGCGUAGAAAGUGUGGAUUGGUUUUAGUUUUUACAUUUUGUAAUUUUUGUUUUCUUAUAUGACGCAAAUCUUAUCAGAUUUAAGCAUUUAAUGUAUAGGAUACCAACCCAAAGAUAGUUUUUGUACGUGUGAUGUGUGUUGUGGCUACUACUUGGUAGCCUCAGUUUUCUUUGUUUUGAGAAACAUAUGCCUAUUAUCUAAGAUUUUAGUCGUAAUUAGCGUGGAUAGUUCUGAAAAAUGGGUUCUAAUAUGGAUCGUGAUGGUGCAGUACCCUCUAGCAGUAAGGGAAGAAGUCACUCGGCUCAAGGUCUACCCAGUACUAUUUCUAGUCCAGCUAUGAAAAUACCUUUACCUCCGCGCUUAUGGAUUACAGACAUCGAAGAUGAAGAUUCAUCAGACGAAAUAGGAGGAAGUACUAGAGAUGAUUACUUAACAAGUGUCGAACGUCCCCGUGUCAGGUCUAGAUUUCGUCAUCACAAGCCUAGACAACAGAAUAAGGUGCCUGUUGGAAUAUUUUGGGAUAUUGAAAACUGCCAGGUACCCCGUGGCUGUUCUGCGAUAGAUGUGGCUAAGGCUAUUCGUGCCAAGUUCCUAGUUGAAGGGCGUCUUGAAGGAGAAUUCAUUGUUGUUUGUGAUGCACGAAAAGAAGCGCAAUUUAGACUGCAAGAGCUCAAUGAUGCUCAGGUAAACCUCUUUCAUGUGUGUGGCUCACAGAAGAAUGCAGCCGAUGAGAAGUUGAGACAAUGCAUGCGAAAGUUUAUUGAACUCUAUGGGCCAGCUGUUAUAGUUUUGAUCUCUGGUGAUAUUAACUUUGCCGCUGACUUGAGUGACUUUAGAUAUAGGAAAGGUAUGGAAGUGAUAUUGGUGCAUAAACAGAACACAUCAUCUGCCUUAAUUGCGUGUGCCUCGUCCCAUUACUCUUUCAAUGAUUUGACUGCCAAUCUGCCAAGGAAUUCAAAGGUGUACGCAGCGGAAGAUAAGGCGAUAGAUGAAACGAAGUGCGAGAUGGAAGUGGUGAAUCUGCCAACUGAUCACCCGCCGGAGCGCAUUUCGCGGCGCCUGCGUCGGUUGGCGGACAACUGCGGAGGGAAAGUGUUGGGGGUGACAGCCUCCACUGCCAUGCUUAGGUUCCCCACCCCUGACCACGCUUUGAGAGCUAUGAAGCGUAUGGACGGUGAAGACGUGUUUGGUCGCAAGAUCAGUACGCGUUACGUCCGCAGCGUGUACGAACAACCGCAGCCGACGUACUCGAGUGACGAGGGCUACGGCACGGCCACCACCGCGCCGGCGCCCUCGCGCAGCGUGUACGCGCCGCCGCCGCAGGUGCCGUCGGUACUCAGGACUGCGUAUAGCGACUGGUCGCUGGCGCUGCAAGGGCUGCCCGUGGCAGUGCCGCCGCCGCUCGACUUCUGCCCGCCGCCCGCGCCCAAACCGAGGAAGAUUAGGGGCACGCAUGGGUCGGUGAAUCUGGACCGAUCCGGGUGUUCGUCUACCAACAGCGCCGAGGAGAACCGCCAACGCGACACCAGCCAGAGUCGGGCCAUAUCCCCGUGGAACUCGUCCACUUUUAGUGAGCAGAGCGAAGGCGACUGCGAGUCCACUGCCGAGCUCACUGUGGCUAAUUUACCGCCCUACGAGCCUCAAGUGCUGCAGGAAAUGCUGUCGCAACUGUUCAACCAAUACGUGCCUGUGGUCCGCGUAUCAGUCUGGGCGGCCGGCGAGGGUCCCCUAGCAACCGUAGUGCUUCGCUCCGAAUGGGACGCUCGUCUCGCCAUCGCUCGUGUCCACAAGCGCCGCCUGGACAACCAAUGGACCGGCCGCAGGCUCGAACUGUCCCUCGGCAGGCCGUCACCGACCCCCAAUCUAGACGUUUUACGAGCUAGGCUACGCGCCAUCCUUCUAGACCAGAAGAACUACAUGCUUCCGCUAUUACGUCUCCGUGACGCCUACGCUAGCCGUCACUGUUGCGCUCUCACAACCUCAGACAUCGCUAAAGUGAAAGACACUGUUAUUAUACACGAGGGAUUCGGACGCAUGGUCCAACUGAUCGAUUUGACCCCCGUAACCAACACUGAGGUCGAGGAAGCCCCGUGGAAGUGCCAUAUCCACGCCGCCUUGAACACUGGACACGAAGACGGAAGCCGCAUACUGCAACCGGUGUACAUGGAAAUCUCUUUGUUGGCUAAGAAUACUCAGAUGCUGCUGGAGAAACAUUGCGGCAUCUUGCCUUUGUUGAGCUUCGUAGAAUGCUACGAGUCCAUGUUCCCGCCUCUAAUGCCGGACCCGCACCACGGGGUCGCGUUAGAGUUGCUCCUGCGCAGCGUGCCCGGGAUCGAGGUCCGGGAUAGCCCCUCCCGCCAUCUCACUUGGAAGACUGAAGGCACCGAGACUCCGCCCACGCAUAGCAAUCACAGUGAGAGCUCCCGCUCAAGCGGCGACCGCGACAGGCCGCGCACAGCGCCCGCGCUGGAGCCGAUGCUGGCCCUGUUCGAGAGAGAGCUCAUCGACCUGCUGCGCACAGCGCCGCGCUGCUCCAUACCGUUUAGCAAGCUUAUCCCAGCUUUCCAUCACCAUUUCGGCCGGCAGUGCCGAGUGGCCGAUUAUGGAUUCACGAAGCUUCCCGACUUGCUCGCGGCUCUGAGCAACACUAUUGUGGUGCUAGGCUCCGGCUCAUCCCGCAUCAUCACCAUAUCGGCAGCCGCCCAAAGCCGCCGCUGGACUUCUGAUCUCGUUAAACUGCUAAAAGCCCAGCCCGGCCGCUCCAUUUCACCAACGGACAUUCCCCAACUGUUCCACGCCACCUUCGGACGGACUUUCUCUCCGGUGGACUACGGAGUUUGCACGUUGAACGAGCUCAUGUUGCGAGUGACGCCGCAAGCGGUUGCUGUCGCCUCGGAUGGGACCCUCUCUUUGCCGAGGCGCACUCCUACGCCUGAGGAGAGAGCUCGCACUGUCCAGUUUGCUGAGCAGGCGGUCGAACUCCUCUGCUACUCACCGAACCUACGCAUGGAAUUCUCCCGUUUUGUGCCAGCUUACCACGCUCAUUUCGGCCGCCAGUUGCGCGUAGCCCACUACGGUUGCGUGAAGCUCGUCGAGUUAUUCGAGCUCAUUCCCGAAUCCGUCGCAGUCAUGAUAGAGGCUAGCGGAGAAAGGAGCGUAAGGCUGGCCACUCGAACGGCGAAGCAAGUUAUGGCGCAGAGACUCAGGAUCCUCGGUCCUUUGCCAGUGGCCACUUUUGCAGCGCAGUACGCGGCGCAGUUUGGAGCUCCGCCAUUGCCGGACAUCCUCGAAAUGCCCACCGUAGAAGCCCUCAUCUACGCAGCUGGGGGCUGCAUCGAAGGCGGGAUAGUGACCGGCCCAGGCGAGUCUCCCCGCUGGUGCUCCUCUGCCUUAGCCGCUUGCUCAGUUCUAUCAUCAGACCGUAGCGUAGCCCGGGGCUCCACCGACGACUAUUUCAUCAGCGCCUUCCGUCGUCUCCGCGGUUCAGACCCAGAUAUUAAAAACUUGGCCGCAGCUGGGAUCAUCAUUGUGGCGGACAAAUACAUCCGCAUCACGCCCGCUUGGCGCAUAGUGUGGCGCGUAGCCCAAAUCCUCGGGGAGACUGGCCCUAUUACGUCUAUGGAGAUGUACGCGGAAUACUCGAGCAGAUUCGGGUCUGUGUUCCCGGCUGCUGAGUUGGGCCUGGACGGCAUAGGCGACUUCUUGCGUCAGUACCGCGAGAUUUUCUACGACGCCGCCGGCGGCCGCUGGGGACUUUGCCCCGGUGUUGUGGUGCCGCGCUGCCGCGAGUUGCCUGCGCCCGAGGACUACUCGGUGCACGACACGCCCCCGGGACAGAAGGGAUCAAGGGUGUUCGAGUCACCUAAGAACAAUAUUUGGUGCUCGCCUCCGGCCAGCGCUCUGCCGGCGCCCACUGCCCUGCUUUCGCAAGAGAAACGUCGCACUCGCCUGGCCGCGCAUUUCGAUGCACAAUAACCGUUACAUUCACCAUUCCCUAUGCUACUAAGCGAAGAUGCAUUCCUUUCCAAACAUUUACUCUAAUGAAGUGAAGAUUGCAUGUGUUCGUAUGAUGAAUGGAAGCUAUCAAAGGAUUGUUCCCAGGGUCGAAACGAAUUUUAUUACAUAGACUAAUAAAAGUGUCCUGAAAAUUGUGAUGUCUCUAACAAUAAUGUUUUAGAUGGCGUAUAUUUUUGUGUGUUUAUUUAGGUUAAGAUAGUAAUGUUCAGAGCAUUCGAAAAGUGUUAUGAAGUGUUGUUGAUACGUCUCGAAGGCCGCGAUACUCGGAGGCUCGACGUGAUCGAAUCACAGUCCUCGUCGCAUAAACCCCGGUGUAGAUCGUAACGAUAAAUUACCAUAACAACGUGUAUGAUACCUAUAUAUUUUAUUAGUACUUAAUUUCUAUUUAUGUUCUAGUCUUUCCCUACCCAAUCAGUUUGUAAUCUACUUUAGAUUGAUUGGGAUUCAUGGUUGUAUAUAGCUUAAAAUUUGAUCAAUCUUUAUUUUAUCUUUUGACAUUUUUAUUUAUUAUUUAUAAGGUUAAAUAUGUGCAAAGAAGGACUGAAACAUAAUACUUUAGAAAUUGGAUAAAAUUCCAGAAAUGGUAUGUAUUUAUUUGUUGUUUAAUUUCUUUGUGUUAUGAAAUUAUGAAUUAUGAUGUUUAUAAUGUGAUUAAAGUUUAUGUUUACCUAUGUUUUUGCAACGAUAACAUAAUAUACAUAUCAUCUUUAUGGAUCGAGGCUCAAAGUUACUUUAGGAUUUAGUAUAAGUUUACAAAAUAUAGUUAUCAUAUUAUCACUUCAAAUAACAUUUUUCGAAUGACACAUAAAGUACAAUAAAUCAACAUGUUGAUUUUUGUCUAUAAAUUUUAUCCUUUGAUAUAUUGAUCUCGAUCUAAAUGUGCAUGCAAUUUUGGCUUACCUUGGUUUAUUUAAAUAAAAUAUAUUUAGUGGUUGUUGUUAUAAGUAUAAUAGAAGUAUUAAUUUGUCUGUCCUAGAGUAUCUCUUUCGAAUUUAUGUACUUUUAGAUAACAUUUACAUUAUAUAAAUGUUUCAAUAUGUAUGUUUUGGAGAUCACUCAGCACCUUGCUACACGAACCAUUCAAACUGGCCUUAAUAUCAAAUACUGUAACCAUAAUGUUGAGUCAAUUAUAGGACGUUCAAAUCUUUUAUAAAGAUAUAACCUGUUGAUAUAGGUUGUGUUGUGUUGCUUUGAAAGAUUUAUGCUUGUGCCUAAAGUGCAAUGAUUUUAAUUUAUUUGCGUAAAAUUUCGAAGUUCCACAUUGAUAAGCAACUGUGCUCUUAGCUGUGUAAUUAAUAAUUGACCGUUUUAAUACCAGUCCACAAUAAGUCGGACUAUAAAAUGUAACUACUUAAAAUUUAAAUCUACUUUUGCCGUUAUUAUUUUAGGAAAAUCAUUUUAAUGUAUACUAUAAAAAUUGCGUCAUAUUUUAAUAAGUCAUCUGAUUAAUGUAAGGUUUAAGAAAAUCCUAUAUUAGUUAAGGUUUUUUGCUAAUGGAAUUGGAAUAGGAUGAUAUUAUUUUACCUUAAAACUAUAUAGCAAUGUACAGCGGUAUAGUUUACUAUCUUAUUUACGUUCCAUUAGCAAGUAGGUCGCAUAAACAUCGGUCGGUCUAAAAUUUGUUCAAAAUGACAUCCGAUUUAUGCUGACUUAGUAUUGUUACACACCGAUAUUUCAAAAUGUAUAUUAUCAAAUAUAUUCUCGACAUUGUCAACAUUUGGAAGUAUAGUCACCGAAUUACCUCCGUUAAAUCUAUUUUUCUAUCAAGAAUUCCUAUUGUAAUUAGAUACAAUUGUAUCAACAUACAAAGAGUGACUGAUUUUCCAGUGUUAAUUGUACUACAUGGUGUUGCUUAAAGUUAAGAAUUAAUACAAAAAUGUUAGUAAAUAUCAGGUGUAAAAAUGUUUUUUUAUUUGUUAUAUUUUUCAAAUGUUUUUUUCUUAUUUAAGUAUAUUAACGUAAAUAUUUACGGUAUUGCCAAAUUUUAUAAAUAUUAAACUAAAUUCAUAAUAUGGGGCAAUCAUUCGAAUCAUUUUUUAGAAGAAAUUGAAAUUGAAUUUAUUUUAGUAUUGUAAGUAUAUUAAUGUAAUUACAUUUAUGGUUCAUUUAUAUAUUUAAAAUUAACAGAAAUUUGCACCAAUGCAUUGUUACUGUGAUAAAUACGUACCAAUGAAUGCCAUCUUUAAUCCAGUAAUUUUUAGUGUUGAUAAUUGAAAUUAAACAAUCAAAAAGUACAGUAUGUGGAACUAAGAAAUAAUUUGUUUAUUUAUGUAUAUAGUGUACAUAUUACAAUUUAAUUAAGAAAUUGGUACAAAAUAGAACUCAGCCAGCAGAUCUUUGUAAUAUUACAUAAAAAUGAGCGUUAUUAAUGUGGAACGCCGAUAUUUUAAACCUGUUUAGAAAGUUGAAUUAAUGUAAUAUUAAUUUUAUAUUUAGGCAGGACCUUUAUGUUGGUCGUGGAAUGUAUUGUUUCAAUGCAAUUUAAUUUAUGGUUUAUUGUAUGAUUGUUAACACUGCCAGAAUGCAUUUUUGAAUAAAAUCCGUUUCUCAAUUGGCCAAUACGUGUUUGUAGUAGUUGCUACUAGAGGUAAAGCUGCACCAAGUUGCUGAAAGGUCUAACGUUAGUAACAUAAAAUAAUGAAAUGUUUUUUCAAAGCUAAAUGUGUCAAAAAGACGCAGUAGAAGGCUUUAUGUGUUUUCGUAUUAGGCUUUACCUAAUACGAGUCUUGAAUGGAUUAUUCAAGUACACACACAGAUCUUUCAGAAACUAGGUAAGUAAGUAUAUAAUUUUAAAAACUGUUUUAUUUAAUGACCGGUACUAAAUAUUCUGUAAAAUGUAAGUUCUUAAAUGUAAUUGCUUUAACAUAAGAGGAAUCUGUCCAUAUUUUGGAAAUAAAAAUUGUUAUAAUAUGAAUUGAACAAUUGAAUUUCUUAAGACUGUAGCAGAUACAUUUAAGUACUCAUAAACGAAUGCUGUUUUUACUUUUAUGUGACCAAUUGCAAGUUUUAAAUUUUAUCAUUAAGACUAGAUACUUAAGAAUUCCAAGUACAGUAAGAGAAGAUGUAAAAGUAGUAUUGUGUUUUUUUUUCUACAUCUUCAUUAUUCUGUGAUCAUUAAUUUCUUGUCGUAGUGAACUAUAGAUCAAUGUACGUGCGAAAGUAGUAUCUUUUGUCAGUAUUGCAUGAAAAUUAAUGUAGUGUUAAUAAAAAAAUAAAUGUUAUUUUUUGAAA